UAUUUAGAUUAAUAUGAAUCCAAAUUCUGCUCCAAGGAUGCUACAACCAGAUUUUUGACAAAGGAUCAGGGUGAAGGGGACAAAUCAUUUUGUCUCCUUCAUAUUCUUGUCUUCUUGAUGAAGGCAAGAACAUGCAGCAGAGUGAGUUGUUAGCUAAUUUUCAGUUUCACAUCCUGGCCCAUAAGGUCAUGUCAAAAAAAGAAGGGACACAUCAGUUUUAGUAGUCAAUUAAACAAAAUUUAGUUGCAUCAAAAAAUAACAUAAGUAACAAAAAUGCACACUUGUAAGCCAGUUGUGUACUUUGUGGAUGUUUGUGAAAUGGGGUAGCCUACUGUUGUACGGCAUAAGCCAUAAACCAAAAUACAAAAUGCACAGACCUAAGCAAAAUCUGAGGGCUGCUUCCUACAUUAAGGUCAUGGGAUCUGCUUAAAAAUACCCGGAAAACUGAGCCUGACAAUUCCCAGUCAACACCUGACACCUGGGCACUCCCACUUCACAGUUAGGACUCCGACAGGUUUGGUCUUGCAAAUAAAGCAAAAGACCGAGUACAUUACGCAAUACUGUAGUACUGGCGAACGUUUUUAUAGUUUUUACUGCCGAUUAAAUACAUUUUUAAUUAUUCUGUAGACAGGUGCUUUCUGGAAAUUCUCGUGGUAAAUGAAAAACAGCUGCGGUGUUGGGGGCUCCUUUCCAGAAGUUACUACAGAGAAACACAAACAGGUCCAACAACAUUCAGGAAGCAAACUACACCACCCACAGCUUUCAAAACCCGUAUUCUCAGCCUCACGGUCACGCUGUGACAACGGAACAAAAACACAUUAAUCAAGUCAAACGACAUGCUGAUCAUGGUGGCGUGCCUUCGGCAGUUCCUCGCUUCUUGUUUCGCUUUUGAUAAACUCGUAUCACCGAAGCCUGGCUCUGAUUGGGCGAGAGGUGAAAAAGGAAGUAACGAGCGUCGAGUUAUUUUUCUGCAUAUAAAACCAUAGAAAAAGCGAGGUGCGGGACACGAAGGGACACGUUUUUAAGUUGUCCAGGUGAAAGAAAUGCCCUCCUUUGGUUAUUUUAUGGCAAGUGGAAGGCAGAGAUAGAGAAGUUUCACUUUUGCGAUGGAUUAAUAUGAAAGGUCACACUUUCUUCCUGCUCGGGUGGACUACAGGGGAAAAAAAUAAAUAAGUAAAUUUGGACUUAAGCCUAAUGAGCCACGAGCGUGCAGCAAUGGACCAUGCCCGAGCGCCAGAAACACAGGAAAGCAAGGCUGACAAGAGGCUGACUGGCAGCACUGCUUCUCCUGCCGAGAUUAAAAAGAGGCCAAUCAGAAGAGUGAGAAGUCCAUCUGCACCAAGAGCAUGGCUAUCCAGGUCUUACAAACCAAAGUUUGGAGGGCCUGUCUACAAGCCUCGUUUUCCAGGAGACCACCAUUCAUUUCACAAAGCUGGUUUCCACAAUCAACACCACCACUACCUGAAGCAUCGGCCUUACGUCCAUCGCAAGGAUUACCCUCCACCUAAACCGUGGUUGCUCGCAAUGAAGGAAAAGGAGAAGCAGAAGCAGAGGGAGAAAGAGAAGGAGAAAGAGAGAGAAAAGCAGCAUCAUGAGCAGAGAGAGAGCACUGAGAGAAGUUCACCUUCAAAACAAAACGCUUCUAGGCCUGUCUUACCAAGGUCCACUUCCAGCAGAGACAAGGACAUGCAGAUCACUGAACAUUUGGAGAAGAGUCCUUCUGUUAAGGUUUUUCAAAACGAGCAAAACCAAAGCAGAGAGAGAGAUCACAGAGAGCGAAGCAGAGAUGGGGAGCUCCCUUUAACUGCGAGCCAGACGGCAGCACGAGACAGAGCCAUCCAACAGAAGAGGAGAGAGAUAGAUGAGGUUUACAACCAGGAGUGUGAAAUGUUCGGCCUUGUAGCAAAGAUGCUAAUUGCAAAGGAUCCAUCCCUGGAGCGUCCCAUCCAGUUUUCGCUGCAAGAGAACCUCCGGGACAUUGGCAAACGCUGUGUGGAUGCCAUGGAGAAAUUUAUUGAGGACUAUGACUCCAGGAAACUUUUGCACUAAUCACACACCCAGAUUUAUGUGUCCUUUAGCGACAGAAAUUCUCAGUGAGACUUUUUUUGGACAUUUUGUCAAAUGGAGUACAUCUUUUUUGAUUUUUUUUUUGUGAGUGUUGUUCUGACAGGUUAUUAAAUGCUGCCUGACAUGUUUUAAGCCGUUUCCAGUCUAAUUUUAUUGGAAAAUUAAGAUUUAAUGCUGACCAUUUUAAUGUGAUUGUAAAAUAAUUACACUGGUCAUUUUGCUGGAAAUGCAUUAAAACUGGAAAACUAUGUAAAAA